CGAACGUUGCCGAACAGUCUAGAAUCAUUCCUUGUCGAGGACAGCGGUGUUUUUCUUCCCUUCGUUCGAUCGUCACAAAGUGCAGUCAUUUUUUGAAGAAAAAUCCAUUGAGCAAAUAUCGUCAUUUAAAAUACGUUACAAAACCAAAAAGUGAACACAUUCGGGUGCAGUUCUGAAAAAGGUACAGUAGAAAUAGAGAUUUAAUUGGAUUUCUUGCAUUGCGUCUGGUGAGUGUUUGAAUUCCUCUCGAAAAAAUGGCCAAAUGGGGUGAAGGAGACCCUCGCUGGAUCGUGGAGGAGCGACCCGAUGCCACAAAUGUAAACAACUGGCACUGGACGGAGAAAAACGCCACCCCAUGGUCCAAGGAUAAGCUGAAAGCUCUGCUGCAGGAUUUUGUCAUCAGUGGCUCCGGACAGGAGUGCAAAAUUGUAGAAAUUGAAAAAAUGGAUGGCGAAGCCACUGCCAACAAUCGGAAAGGGAAGCUCAUAUUCUUUUACGAGUGGAACAUUGUCCUCAAAUGGAAGGGAACGGUGGACAACGAAGACGUAACCGGAAAGGUGUCCAUUCCGAAUCUUUCGGAGGAAAACGACGUAGACGAAGUGGAACUGACCGUUUCCGUGGACGAAUCGAACAAUGCCUCGGAGAAGCUGAAAGUGUUCAUGUACAAUGUCGGGCGUGACAAAUUGCGAAAACAGCUCGACACGUACAUCAAAGAGCUGAAGAAGGACUUUGCCAAAGGACUGAUCCUGCCAAAGAAGGGCACAGAACAGGACGAGGUCAAGGUAAAGCCAGACAAGGAAACCGUUUACGCCAGUGGUUUCAACAAGCAAAAAAUUGAACUGCAAACUGUGAUUAGCGAACCGAAGAACGUUGGCUGCAAGCUGGAUGUGAAAACGCUGGAAACCUUUGAGCGGUUUCAGUGCCAGGCCAAUGAGCUGUACGAGGCCCUCACCCGGACGGACAUGGUGACCGCUUUCACGCGAGGGCACGUCAAGCUCGAUCUGUUCAAGGGCGGAGAAUUCGUACUGUUCGGAGGAAACGUAUGCGGAAAGUAUGACGAAAUUAUUCCAAACAAGAAGAUUACUCAAACGUGGCGGUUGAAGCAGUGGCCUGCCGGACAUUACUCUAACGUUGUGAUGGAGUUGGUUCAAAAGGAGGACCACACCGAGCUCAAACUCACCCAAACACUCAUCCCAUCGGCCGAGUUCGAGGCUACGAGGGCCAACUGGAACCGUUACUACUGGGACAGUAUUCGAUCCGCCUUCGGAUUCGGAAGUUUUCUGUACUAACACCGAGUGCCGCCCGAAGUGCGCGUUGGCAGGCUGAGUGUGAGCUGAGCAAAAAACGAAUGUCGGUGAUCGAGUGAGUGAAGGCCAUUCACGCGGAUUAACAAUACACAAUUGUUUUACACUAAACAAAGCAUCAAAGUUAGGUCUACCAGCUUGUUCUGGACCGUUGGAAAAUAGAGAGUUUCAUAAUUGGGAAAAAAAGAUUGCUGUUCUUUGGAAUGAUUCUAAACGCGUUGGCGCUUCGAGGUUAGGAUGGUUGUUCUAUUAUCAUGGUUUGACUUUCCCAGCUUUUUCAAUUUCGGUACUUCAGCACGAAUUGGCACAACACGAACUUGAUUAGUAGAUUAUUUUCCGUUUAUUGUAUAGUAUACGUUAAUUUAUGACAUGGUAGCGAAGCAGUAAAUACUACUUUUGGCCAGGAAAGUAAUGCUUAGAGUUUUUUUUUGUCUUGCUGGUACAAAAGGUUGCGAUACUAAUUCAGCGUUAUUGCGUUUUAUUAGUAAAGUGAGACAUUUAAAUUCUUAGAAUAAUAACCAAACCUUAAGCGCUACUGUAUUGCCGCUUCCUUGCAAAAAGAAAGUGAGAUAAAAAUAUUCGAAAACCAGAAA